GCUGGGGUUCUCAUCAUAGCAAUAGAAAGAAGAAGAAAUCAAGAAUCACCAUCUUAGAAGAAAGAGAGAUCCCUCAUUAUUAUUAUUUUCCCACCUUUAAUUUUUCUCCAAAGCACAAGAACCACUUCUUCCGGGAUUUGCAAAGCUUCUUUCUUUCUUUCUUUCUUUUCUCUCUCUCUUAAGGAAAGAGGAAGAAGAAUCAGCAAGAAUUGAAGCAUGGGAAGCAGUUAUUUUGGAGAACCAAACAUGAACAAUGAAAGUAGUAGAGGAGGAUCUUCAAGAAAAGGGAAGAAGAACAACCAAGAGAAGCAACCAAAGCAACCACAAAGAGGACUUGGUGUUGCUCAAUUGGAAAAGAUUAGAUUACAUGGUGAAAUUGCUUCUACUUACAAUAAUCCUAAUCACCCUCCUCUUCAUCAUCAUCAUCAUCCAUCUAAUUACCCCUCUAAUUUCACCAAUGAAGAUCCAAGAGUGCAAACACCAUACUACUCAUCAGUGCCAUCAUCAUCAUCAUUUUCUUACUCAUCUUCAUCUACAUCAUACUCAUCACCCUCCUAUGGAUUCCAACCCAACGUUGUGAUGGGCCUACAAGAAUAUGAAAGGACAAACAUGAGAUAUGGAGAUUCUCAGACAACUAAUACAGCAAGAUGGGAACAUGCAAAUGCCAUCAUGGAGCCUCAGCACAACACUACUACUAUACCUUUUCUUAGCCUAUAUGACUCACAAAAGCAUAGAGAUGGUUCAAGCAGUCAGAACUCUGAAUCAAGUGACAAUCAAGAACCAGAUUUGGAGCUAAGAUUAUCUCUUUGAUCAACUGCCACUUGCGGUUCUAGUAAUUGUAAUGUGCUAUUUUAUUCAAUCACAUAACAUUAGAAUUGCAAAAGGUACAAUAUAAUAUAAUGAUGAACAGGCCAAUUUGUUUUUGGUUUCAAAGUUUCAUCCAAAGAUUAUUAUCAUCAUAUCAUAUACAUCCCUUAGCUUGUGUAUUGAAACAUAGAUUGACUCUUU